AUGCCUGCCGCUGGGUAUAGGUUUCCAGACAAGGCACCUGCUGCAAUGUCUAGACGCCUUGAGAAGCUCAAACGCGUAGAGGAGGCCAAGGCACCUGAAGACCGCCUCGUGAAUCGUGACUGGGACGAUGAGGUGCAAAAGAAGAUUGGCAUUCUCAAUGCAGUCAGGCAACGGAAUUCGAAGCGUCAUUUCAUCGAGCUCGCCACCUCGGCGCAAGUCAAUAUCUGCAAGACUGUUGAAGAAGCCGAGGCUUUCUUUACAAAAGGCGGUCCCAAAUUCACUUGCAAAAUUCUGAAAAUGUUCACCGAAGCUUUUGCAUUGUCAUCGAAUGGUCUGAUUACGGACGUUCCAACCGUACGCAGCAUACAAUACCUUUUGUUCGGGCUGUAUGCUGUCUGCAAGAAUUCUGGCAACCCGAUUGAUCGAGAUGUUAAGCGGAAUGUCUUGAUGUGGAUUCAGUCUGACUUGGCUGUUCGUGGGCUUGCCUGCCACAACCAGCGCACAAAGGCGGUAGCGCUGCCGGAAGACUUCUCUACGUUCAUACGAGCAUUCUUCGACACCGAGUACCUUACUGCCACCCAGUAUACAACGCGAAACGCUCUCAACUUCGUAUUGUGUGCUAACAUGAUGCUGGACUGCAGCAACCGCAUCAGUGAGUUGUCGAGGCCGGCACUGUCAAACGAUGACUGGGAAGCAUAUAAGAAGGAGCGCAAGGACAAUCUGUGCACCUGGGGCCGCGUGGAACUGUUCGCUUUUCCAGGAGCUGACUGUCGUGUCGAAUUGCGCGCUCGAAUAACCUUUUGUGGGUUGAAGAACACUGGACAGAAGGGCAACAAGACCAAAGUAAUUCCGAUUCGCCUUCUCCCACUGUACAUGGCGGCUGAAGAUACAUUACGAUGGCUCCUGAUCUUAGGCUUGAUCGACGGAGUCUUCGAAGGCGUCUCUAGUUGGGCAGAUUUGGAGGCCGUCCAACCAAGCCGGCAUGGUACAAGCAUUCCCAUCAAGAAAUCGAUGCUAGCUACCCCGGUGAGUUUCCCUCUGUGCUUUCGAGAUCGAGGCAGCUCAUACAAGCUCUCGUCUCAGAUUUUCCGUCAACCUCUUUACAAGCCGACCGACCCAUCCUUGUGCUUGCUAGAGACAGAGGUAAUGAGGUCUCAGCACUUUGUUAAACAACUGAAAGUAUUGAGUCGGCAUUGCGGUCUGCAGAGCCCUAUGCUACCGGGUGUGCUCCGCCGUGGUAGUGCAUACUUGCUAGGUUUGAUGACAUCUCACGAGGAACGGUGUGCACGGAUGGGUCAUGACGACAAGGACACAACAUACUGGGGAGCAUACAGAAACCAAACGUCGACUGUCGAUUUUCAGGCACUACGCCACAACUUGGACGCUGUCGAUGUCAGCCAGAUGUCCAGCAUUUUCCUUGCGAAAUCAGAGUCAGCCCCAACUCGUGUCUCUGAGCAAGGCAUCAUCGAAAUCAGCCAGGAUGCAGAGCUUAUCAAGCUUCUCCAGAGAGAGUGCGAGGUCAUCGAUCAAGGAGUUCGUGAGUUCGGAUCAUUGGCAACAGCGCGAGCUCAAGGAUCUUCGACGGCGUCCGAAUACGCAGCAAUACGCCGCCAGUAUCAAGAGCGAGAGCGAGCUCUACUAUCCAAAAAGUUCGAGGAGGAGUAUCGACAGCACUUUGAUAACCCGGACGAUGCCACUCAGAUCACAACUCCAGUCGAGCCAAAAGAUCAGAGCGCCCACUUCGACAAUAUGUUGGAUGCCGAGGACGCCGAAUUCGCUCUCAUUGACCCUGUACUCCUUCAGGACAUCGACGCUGUGGCCGAAGAUCUCGGCAACAUGCUUGCAGAUUUUGACAGCCAGUCAGAUGAUACGCAAAUGGACGGCGCCAAUUCUGAUCUUGGUACAGAGACCGAUGCUACAUCGCUGCACUCUGCUGGAUCUAUCAGCAGAAAUAAUUUUGGCUUGAGAGUAGUUGCGAAGAACUCGGUCUUUGAGGGUCUUUCUGACCUCAUCUACAACCAGCCAGAAGGUCUAUCGGCGGCUCGGUUUGCAGAUGUCUGUGUUGAGAAAUUCAAUCAUCUUCACGCCGCAGACAAAUACUAUCCGGACCAGGAGCCAACACCAGGAACUUUGUCUUGUAGAUUCUGUGGCGUCUGUCUUAUUGGCAUGGAUCAUAAUGAGCAUAUCCGGCCUUGUGGACUCAAUGCCAUGGCGAAAUAUAUCCUUGAGGCCCUUGAUCGCAAUCAAGAGUCGCAUCCUCCAGCCCGGAAGUGUGGAAUGGUCGGUUUGGACGGCGUCCGACAUUGUGCUGCCAAAUACAAGCCGAAGAGAGAUGUCAACUCCGGGGCUCAUUUCGUAGACCACUGCUACAAACGUCACAGGGAUGCAUCAACCGGACAAUAUGUCUGCAAUGAUGAUGCUACUGCUUUUUCGAGCUGGGACGAUUUCCGAAUCCAUCGAAUCACUCAGCAUGCCGCAUCGACCACUGUUAUACCCGUGGAUCAGAAGACUGGGAACCCAAGAGCUGAGAUCUUGGUCUUUUGGUGCAAGAUUUGUCAACGUGCAUUCUCUCGUACAGAGGAGGACGAGGACCAUCACUUUGUGCACCACUUGGACGACGUCCGAUUGGCUCUUGACAAGCAUGGAUUCUCUGGAAUUCUCGUCUCUGCCAGAUGGUUUCACCCAUCUUUCUGUAUAUUUUGUUUAUACGAUGGGGAUGCAGGGCUUUCGACACAGUUCGCAGACUUCUACACUGUUUCCGCCUUUAAGAAGCACCUCGAAAAGCACCUCCGAGACCUCGUCGAUGAUGCGAGCAUAGUAUGUCCAGCUUCUACGGACACUGCGAAUGGUAUCAGAGCUGUUUGCCAUCGUACCGAACCAAUGAGCAAGGACGCUCUCGUUGCACACCUGAUCAAUGACCAUAAGCUAGCAAUCAAUAGAGACAACACCUACUUCAAAGCCAUGCGAAAGAGGGCAAGACCUGUGUUAGGAGAGAAGAACAUCAAUGAAGCUGUCCAUUGCGUCAAUGCAUCGACUAGGACGAUUUCCGAAGAAGCCAAGAGUGUGGAUUAG